UCAAAUCUCAACACACAAAUCUAGUCACCGACGACGACAACGAUGCAAUGGACCAUCUAACUCGCGAACGUUCGACGCGUGUGAAAACGUAAGGCUAAAAAAAACCGAAACCAAAGUCCCCUAGUAGGCCAAUUGUUGGGUCUUAUUGGCCACCGAAAAAAAACAAACAACAGUGCUAUGACUCAAUCGCUCAAGGACACGAUGAAGUCCGCAGGAAUCUACUUUCUAGUUAUAUGUGCAUUCCUGUUCACCUCGUUCUACAACGUUGCGUCUGACGUGGCUAUUCAGCGUCCUGCGGUACCAUCGCAGGGACUGGCCGGGACGACCGCAGCAGUAAUAGCAGCAACCCUCGCGAAUGGAUCCUCAUCGACUGUUGUCACCGGCAGUACGGUCGGUGCGGUACCACCAUCGGCUUCACCCGUUCCGGCUCCGGCUACGUAUGAGAAAAAUGGCACUGCAGUCAACACUGCAUCAUCGCUGGCAGCGACUGCAACUGCGGCAAGUACAACUGGCGCCAACAGCAGUACGUCCGUGACCAUGUCACCGGAAAAGAGUGCCGUGGAGCAGGAACACUACAGCUCGAUGUCGAUAUUUUUCGUCCUGUGUGUAAUAGCGCUCGGGAUUCUGCUGAUCCACAUGAUGCUGCAGACGGGCUUCCAGUAUCUGCCGGAAAGUAUUGUGGUCGUAUUCUUGGGUGCACUGAUCGGUUUAAUUUUGAACGUUUCCUCCGUGAAGCAUAUCGCCAACUGGGAGCGCGAGGAAGUGUUUUCACCGACCGCCUUUUUUCUAGUGCUGUUGCCUCCGAUCAUUUUCGAAUCGGGGUAUAAUUUGCAUAAGGGUAACUUUUUCCAAAAUAUCGGUUCGAUUCUGGUGUUUGCCAUCAUUGGUACCACCAUCUCGGCGCUGGUGAUUGGUUCCGGCGUGUAUCUGCUCGGUCUGGCGGAAGUUGCCUAUCGGUUGAACUUUGUCGAAUCGUUCGCCUUUGGGUCGCUCAUUUCUGCUGUCGAUCCAGUAGCAACGGUGGCGAUCUUUCACGCACUCAACGUAGAUCCUGUAUUGAACAUGUUGGUGUUUGGUGAAUCGAUCCUAAACGAUGCGAUUUCAAUCGUGCUUACCACAACCGUAAUGCCGAUGGUGUCGGAUUCCGGUACCAAUGCCAGCACUGGCGAAUCCAUCUUUUCCGCUCUCAACACCUUCUGCAUGAUGUUCUUCGCCUCGGCUGGCAUUGGCGUUGUGUUUGCGCUGAUGAGUGCGCUUCUGCUGAAGCACAUUGAUCUACGCAAGCAUCCCUCGCUCGAGUUUGGCCUGAUGCUGGUCUUCACCUACGCGCCAUACGUGCUGGCCGAAGGAAUUCAUCUGUCCGGUAUUAUGGCAAUUCUAUUUUGCGGUAUCGUGAUGUCACACUACACUCAUUUCAACCUGUCCACGGUGACGCAAAUCACGAUGCAGCAGACAAUGCGAACCCUUGCCUUUAUUGCGGAAACGUGUGUGUUCGCGUACCUCGGACUGGCCAUAUUCUCCUUCAAGCAUCGCUGCGAGCUAUCGUUCGUGAUCUGGGCAAUCGUGCUGUGUCUUAUAGGGCGCGCUUGCAACAUCUUCCCGCUGGCCUGGCUGGUGAACCGGUUCCGCGAGCACAAAAUUACCAACCGCAUGGCUUUCAUCAUGUGGUUCUCGGGGCUGCGUGGCGCAAUUUCGUACGCGCUCUCGCUUCACAUGCAGUUCUCUACGGAGGAGUCCCGGCACGUCGUUAUCACGACCACGCUCAUUAUCGUGCUGUUCACAACGCUGUUUUUCGGCGGUUCUACGAUGCCACUGAUGAAGUACCUGCAGGGUGGAAAAAAGGUAAAGCGAGCGUCGCGAGCUGGCCGUGCCGGAAGAAAACGGAAAGAGAAAGCACUGUCGUUGAGUAAGACGCGCGAAUGGGGCCAAGCGAUUGAUUCGGAACAUCUUUCCGAGCUAACUGAGGAGGAAGAGGUCAGUUUUACGCAAUCCAGAAUUGGAGGAUUUACACGAUGGGAUCGAAAAUUCUUUACACCUUUCUUUACGCGUCGUUUUACGCAUCAGGAACUUCAUGAUUGUAAGAGCCAAAUGGCAGAUUUGACCAACAAAUGGUACCAGGCAAUAAGAAUAUCCCCGGACGAUCCGGACGAGGAAGAUGAAGACGAUCCGGAUGCAGACGCAAUAUCGGAACGAUCCACUACAAACAUCGUAUUUCCUGGACCGAGCAGUCGCACUGGAAAAUCCUGAUCCACUGAUAUGCCCGGGCACACAAUACGCUCCCUGCCGGUUCCUACGUCACCGACCUCGUCGGUUGCCGAACCGCCUGUCGGCAAGGAUGCCGGUGUUGAUUGCCUUCCCGGGAACGACGGGCUGUACGAUACGUCGCCCCUGCGUACGGUCGAUUUCCUGUAAUCAGAACGCUGUGGAUGUACUGUGAAAUGCUGUUAUACGAAUAGUACCAUACGUAAACCGUACCAAAACACUCGGAGAAUGAACAAACAAAACGUGUCCAAAGCAACAACAAACAAUGGUGCAGCUACAUUACAUUGGCUAGUGACAAACAUGAAACACGACGAAGGGAGUACAGGUGCCGUUUUUAGCUAUCUUUUUUAAUCUUAUAAACAAAUUACGUAAAUGUAAAUUUAUAAUUGGGUGAUAAUUCGCUAGUCAAACGCAGGGAUAAGAGGGCGCUGUUUAACGAACAAUGGGAACAUUUUCAGGCACGGGGUGACUUUCUUCUUGAUAUCCGGCAGGCAUCAAAUGCCGGCAAUUAGGUUUUUUCAUAGACAUUUCAACAUAGCCAUAUACAUAACCGUUAUUAAAACAUAGCUAUUCACCCAGUAAAGAAUCUUACCAACAGUACGAAUCUAGUAUUUUCAGAUAUAGAUAGGGCAAAAAUCAAGGAUAAUGGUACCACGCUAUUACACAGAUAUAUUACAAAGCUCAUAUAUAGCGUAAUACGACGGAGAAAAAGUUAACGCACAGCAGGUAUUGUUAUGUUGAGAAGAUACCAUAAAAGGUCGCUUACAGUUACGCUAACAAAUCACAAUUCUCUUUAUCGUGAGAUACAGCGAUAGUCCUAAAAACACGCGUCAUUAGUGUGAGCAGUGCUUAACGUUGACAGACUCUAUCGGAAACUCGCUCCAUAGUAAUGCUUAGAAGCAGAGCACCGGGUUUAGGUUUUCCCGCCCUUUCUGUUCUUACACGCUUUUUGCAGUAGUACGAAAAUAGUGGGGUUGUUUAGCUUAUUUUUGCUCUUCGUUUCUGUAUAAAAUUGUUUGUGUCUCUAAGCUAUCGUUACAAAUAAACAAAACCAAACGGUUGCAAUAACAGCAACUACAUCAUGCGGCUCAAAGACGUUUCAUUUGAAUCCCCUGGUUCAACCGUUGGAGAGGCGCAUCGUUGGCAAUAAUUGCUACCUUGCCUUCCUAGAUAAGAUAAGGCUGGGGAGGGCCAGGUUACAUUUACAACACGACACGCCACCUUGUGCGAUUGUGGGCAAUCGAAUGUUUAGCACCCCCCGUGGGGUAUAUGUUAUGAAAAUGAAUCGAGAGUGUGUAGUAAUGGAGUAAAACAGUAAAAAGUCCAACCUAUUCAAAAUAAACUUUGCUUCUGGGUAUUUCUGGGCUCCAUACGACUCUUAUCUCCAAUCUCGACAGGUUUUAAACUAU